AUGGCUAUGAUGGGCAUCAUCAAGACCGACAUAGCGCCGGAGACGGCGUACGAGACGGAGCCCAUGUCUCAGGCUACAGCCAGCUCCGCCGCGGCGGGCGCGCGGUACCGCAGGGGUUUGCUCUCGAGGAUGAUGCCGCGGGGGCACUACUCGUCCGUCGGCGCCGAGAACGGAAGGGCGCCCGAGGCGGCACCGAUGCCCCCGGCCGCUGCCGAUGGCUCGGAGGUCGCGGAGAAGCCGCGGCGCGGCUGGCUGCGGCGGCUGAUACCGCAGCAGCGGCGGCGCUGGAAGAAUCUGGGCGGCGCCAGCGCGUCGAGGCUGGCCGGACUGUCGCGAUCGCUGCGGUGGAAGCGGCUGUCCGUGAACCUGAGGGGCAGCUGGGCGUCGGCGCUGCUGGACACCGUCGCGUUCCGCGUGAUGUACGUGGUGGAAGCCAUCGUGCUUGGCCUCGCGCUCUCCUGCUUCUUCUGCUGCUGCGGCUGCCAGAUAUAG